AUGCAUGGACAUGUGCCUCAGUCCCAGAGCAUCGAAAAUGAAUUAAAAGCAGCCAAAGCAGCUAACAAUAAUUUAACAACAUUUAAACAAACAAUAGAAUAUUUAUUAUAUAAAAUGAAUUUUAAUACGUCAUGUGAACAUUUUUUAUUAUUACGAAAAGUACGUGAGAAUGACAUUUAUCAGCAGAGUGUUGUAAAUGGAUGUUUAGAAAUUCCAUAUCUUGUUCAUUAUUUAAAAAUAUUUGGUACUAUUGUAGCAGUAUCCAAUGUGUAUUCUAUAAUGGUAUUGUGGGGUGGUGCCACAUUUUUUAGUCGUAUAAUGUUAAGUAGUUAUUUUAUAACAAUUCCAUGGUUAUUAGUUUCCAAACAUUUAUUACUUACAAUUUGUUGGCCAUGCUUUUUUAUUCUCAUUAAAAUUUUUAUAUUAUUUUGGCUUGGAUGUAAAGUAGUCCGUUUUAAACCCGUUGAUUAA